AUGCAUGGGGCUGCCAGUGUGGGGACUGGCCCUCAGGUGCUUUCAGUCAUCCUGAUGAGGGACCUGGACUGGCUGAAGCCUGCCAGCCUUGUGGAGAUGGGAGUGCAUGGGCUGGUCAGGCUGCAGCCCCAGGAUGCCCUUGGCAGCCUUAAGGGCCAAGCCCACUGUUCCUUCCUUCUGUGCCUGACAGCAGAUGGGUCCCCGCCCAGCCGAGACGCCCCUGCACCGCCUGGCCCUGGGCGCACCGGCUGUGCCGCGCCCAGGACUCCGCCGGAGGUGCCGGGUGUCCUGGGAGGGUUGCUGGCGCCCGCUCCGGAGCCACCUGCGGGGAAGACGGGUGUCGGGCAGCCGAGCCCGCGGCCGCUGGGGGACCCAGAGGCUCCCGGCGCGGCCCGGGCCUGCUCCAGGCACCUGACCCCCGUCCCCGCCGUCCUCUCCGCCUUCCUCCGGCUCCCAGCCCGGGGGUCGUCCGCGGUGCUGACCCUCUGGGUCCCAUCGUCCCUGAGGCUCGUCCCGCGGACUGACCCUUCCGCUCCGGGGCCCCCUCGGCGGGCUGCGCGUCGGGGGGCAGGGAAGUCCUCCCCGCCAGGGCAGGGGGCUCGAGCCGGACCGCAGCGACCCCGCCCCAGUCUACACCCGGCCAGGGACCCGCUCCCCUGCGGGGCUGCUGUCUCCUCGGGAGAGUCCCGACCCUUUCGGGGGAAGCCGUCGUCCCCGGACCCGCGACCCCAGCGUCCUCCCGCCCGCCCGAGCCCAGCCCCCCUAGGCCGCGGCCCACGAGGGCCUCCAGGGCCGGCACCGCCCUCCGCGCCGUUUCCCGGAAGCCCCGCCCGGUCGCGGCCUUUGACAGGCGGGCCGGCAGGCCAACCGGAGCGGGGCGGGGCGGGGCGGGGCGGGGCCCGGCGCAGGCAGCCAAUGGCAAGCCGCGCCGGGCUGACGGACGGGGCGCGGGGCGGGGCGUGCGCCGGCCCGGCCGAGUGUCCGCCGCCCGCGCGCCCCGCCGCCCGCAGCCCGAGCCGCACCCUCCGCGGACGGAGCCCAUGCGCCGGGGACCCGCGCGCCCCGGCCCCGGCCCCCUUCCCCGCCCCCGCCCCGGCCCCGGCCCCGGGGGCAGUCGCGCCAGUGAGCGGUGAGUGCGGCGGGGGCGGGCGGCGGCCGGGGCUGCGGGGCGGCCGGGCGGGCGGCUGGCGGCGGCGGGGCGCGCGGGGGCGCAGGUGA